UUGAAGAAUUUUUAUGCAUUUGCUUGCUGUGUUGUCGAAUAUAUUCUGCCUUUCCGUCGAAAACUUUCUAACCAUAUUCCUAAUUCCAUUCCUAUCACAAAAACAGAAAAAAGACUGGAUUUUUUUUGGUCUUGCAAAAUAUUGGAAGCCCUCUUCGAUUUUCAUGCAUGUCCUUCAGAAUCAGAGAGGUGUGUUAUGUAUAAAUGUAUUAGACCAUCACUCUUUGUUUCAUUGCUUAUGUGAUCAUUCAUUAUUUCAAGUGUAUAAUUUAAAUGGGAUUAGCUAUCUAGUAGUCGUACAAAAUUUGAUUCAUGACAUCAAUUUUUUAAUUUAGUUUUACCAGUUUGGAUGGCUUAUUUUCAUGAAUUUUAGUAUAUUCUUUUCCCUGAAUCAGACAUAAUACUUGUAUGUUUCUUGAUUUGAUAUGCAAUUAAUUGUUGUGAAAUCAUGUUUUUGGUCUUGUUAGCUAAAUGUUAUAGGCUGAUGUGCUCUUGUUCAUUAUAUUAGUUGAAAUUUAAGAAAUAGUAGUAUAAUGAUAGAAUGAAUGAUAUAUAAGUUGGUCAGCAAAAUGCAUCUUGUGGUGUGGGAGUUGCUGAUGAGAGCAAGAACACAUUCAUGGAGCUUAAGAGGAAGAAGGGCUAUCGUUACGUGAUUUUCAAGAUCGGUGAGAAGAAAAACGAGGUUGUGGUUGACAAGACCGGCGGCCCUGCUCAAGACUGAUUUCGAUUUUGUCACAACGGACAAGUGUAUGUCGAAAGAGCUUCAUUGCCUGGUUAGUGAGAAGUAGUACUAUCUUUUUCAUGAAGAUAAUAAUAAGGCCAUCCAUACAUAUGAAAUGUGAUCAGUGUGUAGAAUUCGUUCCAAGAUGCUCUAUGCUACUUCCAAAAACAGUUUGAAGAAAGUGUUGGAUGGCAUUCAAGCCACUGACCCCGCUGAAAUGGAGCUCGACACCUCCACAUCUGUGUUAUCCACAGACAACCAAGCGAUGGUAGAAUCGGAAGAGAUGGAAAUGAACAAUGCUGCUGGAAAAAACAGAAGAGAACAAGCAUCUUCUUCCAGGAGCGGGCUAGUUUUGGGGUUGGCGCCAUCUUUCGAGUACACAUUUUUGGUGUAUGCUUCUCCAGUUGGAAACUAUUUCAAGGAAGGGACUGCGCUGAUCAGCUUGUACGUUGAGGAUGAGUUCCAUCGCGCUGGCCGCGGUGGUUCUGGAGGUGUGAAGAGCGUCACGAAUUAUGCGCCGGUGAGGCCAUGAACUGCUAGUAAUCAUGGAGAGCAAGAACUACCAAGCAAGCCACUAUGCCACUCAUGGCUAUGAGCAGACGUUGCUCCAGCGUCUGCAUCAAGAGCUUUACAAUCUCAAGUUUCUAAUCGUCGUAGAUGAUAAUGCUUGGGAUCGGAUCGCGCACGCCUUGCCAGAUAAGGAGAAUGAUAGACUUUGGGAGGUCACUGAAUAAAAUUCUGAAUAAUCUGGUUUACUUCAUGAGAUGCACCCGCUCGGGCUGGAGCACAGCUGGCAGUUCCUCUGUUAUCUUACCUUUGGUGAUAUGCUGCAAAAUGAUAAUGAUGAAGUUACAUUGCUCUGCCCUCCUCACUUGAAGGAAAUUGGAAGAUCGAUCGCCGAGAAAUGUAAAGGUCUUCCUCUGUCACUGGUUAUGGUUGGUGGUCUUCUCAUUCAGGAGACAGAAAAUAUUGAUUUCUGGAAAAUGAUAAAAGAAGAUACUACUGAUGCUGCUUCAAUGGGGGAGGGGUUCCUACUUGGAGAUCUUGGCUCUCAGCUACAUUUACUUGCCCGCUAGACUUCAAGGCUGUUUCCUUUACGUGCCUCUAAACUCAUCAAGCUUUGGGUUGGUGAAAGCUUCUUCCUAAAACCUGCACUACCCACACAAACCAUGGACAACUAUUCUGGUUUCUGACUUUUGAACUUAGCAGUAUGUAAUAUAUAUGAAAUGUCAAUCAGUUCAACAACUUGUAUUGAA